UAGCUAAGAUAAUUGCUUUCGUUGCUCCAAAAAGGGAGCCUUCUGAAUAAGGACACCAAAAGUGCGAAGUGACUAGAUGAGAGCCGAGGCGCAGACCACUGGGUCACGGGAGAGAGAGAGAGAGAGAGAGAAUACUCCAAAGCAGGACAUCCUCCUGAUCAGUGCUGCCUGUGUUUCCUGCUUGCUCCAAAUAGCAAGCAACCUCCUAUACAAGACAUCUAGCACGUCGUAACUGCAGCUAAAGUGGCCUUGUGCAUAGAAAUGCCUGCCCGAGUACCGGGAUCGGAGAUAAUGGAUGAAGAUCGAGUGAUGGAAGAAGUCUUAGAUAAGUUUGUUAAUUCUCAUGAGCAAACCUAUGAAGAAUUUUUGAGCACGUUCACUCAUCUUUCAAAAGUGAAUAACAUGAGCGCAAGGAGAGCCGUUGGGCUGAGUGCUUCAGGGAGCACAUUUACAUCAGGAGAAUUUGCACAUCAAAAUGGACCAUGUGAGCACCGCCUUAGGAAUACAUCUACUUCCCUUUGUACUCCAUCACAGUGUUUAGAAGAAGAACAGAUAGUAUUGGACGAAGGCCAGAAGGUUGGCAGUUUCUUUCAAGGUGACCUGACCCGGGCAGGAAAGGUGAAGGUGGACAAUUUCCUAGAUUUAGAAGAUUUGGAUGUCGAUGAAGAAGUGAAGCCGCAAUUGAGCAAGGAUUUGCUGCUGCUUCCAGGAGAAGUGGAAGAGGACACAGGUGACCACGUUCCUUCUUACAUCCCUUCUGUGCCCCAGCCUCAUACUGCUGAAGUGAAGCCCAGGCCUGCAAUACCAGGAAGAGAGCAAAAGGAAGAGGUACUAGGAGAUGAAGUUCAGCCCUUUUCGCUUGAUGAAGACUUUGAUUAUGAUAACGUGACUCUAACCCCCAAGUUCACUGCUGCAGAGAUAGAGACUCUGAAGGAGCUAUUGAAGCAAGAGAGAAACACCACCAUCGCUGACAUAUGGGAACCCCACAGCUGACCCACUUGGGCAUCUGUGUUUAUUUUUAUUUUGUUCAUAUUUUAAACAACAUUAGAAUAAAAGAUAAGCCAACUGUG